AUGAGCUCCAUCUUCCGAAGCGAAGAGAUGUGCUUAGUCCAACUUUUCUUCCAGACUGAAACAGCAUACUACUGUAUUAACGCACUGGGAGAGCUGGGGAUGGUGCAGUUCAGAGAUCUGAAUCCAGGCACUAUCAUUUUCCAGAGGAAGUUUGUGAAUGAGGUCAAGCGAUGUCAAGAGAUGGAGAGAAUUCUACACUUUUUAGAGAAAGAAAUUACAAAGGCUAAUAUUCCAAUCAUUGAAAGUGGUGAAAUUGAUAAGGCACCUUGCCCGAGGGAUGUAAUUGAAUUAGAGGCUGCUUUUGAAAAGCUAGAAAAAGAGUUGAAAGAGAUCAACACAAACCAGGAAGCUUUGAAAAAUAAUUGCUUGGAGCUGACGGAGCUAAAAUUCCUUCUUCAGAUAACUGAAGAUUUCUUUGAAGAGGCAGAGUCUCAGCUCUCAGGCUCUGAGCUCCCCUCUGAAGAGUCAGUGUCUGUAACCGCAUUUUCAAGAAGACUCAGCAGCACGAGUGGAGGAGGACGUCUGAAAUUGAGCUUUGUGGCUGGAGUGAUCAAGCGAGAAAGGUUUCCUGCUUUCGAGAGAUUACUAUGGAGAGUCUGCCAUGGAAACAUUGUUUUACGUCAUGUCAAAAUUGAUGUCCCAGUGGAGGAUCCCAUGGCUGAUGAAUUUGUCAAUAAAGACGUGUUCAUGGUUUUCUUCCAAGGAGAGCAAUUUAAAAGCAAAGUGAAGACAAUAUGUGAAGGAUUCCAUGCCACAAUGUAUCCUUGCCCAGAAUCUUUACACAAAAGAAUGGAAUUGAGCAUUGGUGUAAAUACACGGAUUGCGGAUCUGAGCAUGAUACUUACCCAGACAGAAGAACACCGUACAAAUGUGCUUCUUUCUGCUGCUAAACACAUCCACCAAUGGAAUGUUAAAGUAAGGAAGAUGAAGGCGAUUUAUUACACACUAAAUCUCUGCAACCUGGAUAUCACCCACAAGUGUCUGAUAGCUGAAAUCUGGUGUUCUGUUGUAGACCUGAAUAAAGUCCACAACGCAUUAUCAAAAGGAGCUGAACUGACUGGCUCCACCUUGCCUCCUAUCUUGAACAGGAUAGAGACGAGGCAAACCCCUCCAACAUUUAACAGGACAAAUACAUUUACUGUUGGAUUUCAGAGCAUUGUAGAUGCUUAUGGAGUAGGAAACUAUCGAGAAGUUAAUCCAGCCCCUUAUAGCAUUGUCACGUUCCCCUUUGUUUUUGCCGUCAUGUUUGGUGAUUGUGGUCAUGGGCUAAUCAUGACCGUGUUGUCUCUGGGGAUGGUCCUGUACAAAAACCUACACAGUAAUAAAAAGAUGGACAAUGAGAUAUUAAGUACUUUGUUACACGGACGCUUCAUUAUCCUGCUGAUGGGACUCUUUUCGAUCUACACUGGCCUCGUAUACAAUGACUGCUUCUCCAAAGCUUUCAAUCUUUUUGGAUCAGCCUGGAAUGUCACAGCUAUGUUCCAGCCAAAUGGUCCUUGGAAUAACCAUAUAUUACACAAGUCAGCAACACUGCAGUUAGAUCCUGCAGUACCUGGUGUGUUUUCAGGAAAACCCUAUCCCUUUGGCAUUGAUCCAAUUUGGAACAUUGCAGUAAACAAGCUAACAUUCCUGAACUCCUACAAAAUGAAGAUGUCCGUCAUCAUGGGUGUCAUUCACAUGAUGUUUGGAGUCACGCUGAGCUUAUUCAAUUACAUUUACUUUAAGGAACUUAGGAAUAUUGUUCUGCAGUUUAUCCCAGAGAUAAUUUUCUUGACUGCUCUGUUUGGCUACUUGGUCUUCUUGAUCAUCUACAAGUGGUGCAGGUUCACAGUGUCAGAGUCUGAGACUGCUCCCAGCAUCCUUGUGCACUUCAUCAAUAUGUUGAUGUUUAACUACAGUGGGCCAGAAAAUACACGUUUCUAUUGUAGGCAGAGGAGUCUUCAGACCUUUUUAGUUAUUAUUGCCCUGCUGACAGUUCCUUGGAUGCUGCUCAUUAAACCCUAUCUGCUGUACAGUCACCACCAAAGAGCACAGCGUCAAUUCAGCUUUGGCGAUACCUUUGUCCAACAGUCUAUCCAUACUAUUGAGUACUGUCUGGGCUGUGUGUCUAAUACUGCCUCAUACCUUCGCUUAUGGGCCCUCAGUCUGGCUCAUGCAGAACUUUCUGAGGUGUUGUGGCACAUGAUCCUACAUAAUGGCUUCACUACAAAUCAUGGUCUAGGUUCAAUUGGGCUCGCUAUCAUUUUUGCUGUUUUUGCUACUCUCACUGUGGCAAUUCUACUGAUCAUGGAAGGUCUCUCUGCAUUUCUACAUGCCCUACGCCUACACUGGGUGGAAUUUCAGAACAAGUUUUACAAAGGAGCAGGUUAUAAAUUUACCCCCUUCUCAUUCAUUGAAAUCUUAUGUNAAAAAAAUUGA